GUUUUUCAAAACCAAAGAAAAAUUCAUUUUAAGCGUGAAUUUGAUGAAGCAAACACAAAUUUCUAGUAUAGUGUAUUUCAAAAAUGUUGAAGCCAAAUUUGCUAUUUAUCGUGGCAGUCGGUUGCCUAAUCGGCUUACAGUUGGACAGUUCUGCUGCCUUUCCGCGUAAAGUUAAAAGUGCGAAUCUAAUGACUGCAGAUGAAAGCCAGUCCGAUCCGAUUGUUAUGAGCUUAUUUGGAAAUAGAAAUCAAGCCCAUAAGCCGAACGCAACCAUCAGUGCGGUGAAACCAAAGACGCGACAGCUCCCAAAGGGGAGCAAAAAUAGCGUUGAUGGCGGUGGUGACGGGGCAUUCAAUCAUGGGAGACUCGGUCAUGAUGGUAACAUCGUGAAGCAAGUUGAUGAUGCGGGUAAUGAAGGGGAGGCCGAAGGUGCCGGCGGUGCGGAUGCUACUGGUGGUGCUGAUGGUACUGGCGGAGAAGUUGUCGAUGAAAUUGGAAAUGUUGUUGGAAACUUUACCGGAAAUAUUACCGGAGGCAUUAUCGGAGGUGGUGCCGUAGGUGGUGCCGUAGGUGUUGCCGUAGGUGGUGCCGUAGGUGGUACCGUAGGUGGUGCCGUAGGUGGUACCGUAGGUGGUGCCGUAGGUGGUACCGUAGGUGGUGCCGUAGGUGGUACCGUAGGUGGUGCCGUAGGUGGUACCGUAGGUGGUGCCGUAGGUGGUACCGUAGGUGGUACCGGAGGUGCCGGUGGCGCCGGAGGUGCUGGAGGUGCCGGUGGCGCCGGUGGCGCCGAUAGUAUGGGCAACUGGGUGUAUAACAUGUGGGGAGUUACCUAUGGAAAAGUGGGGCAGGAUACCCGCUUUGUCGCCGGGCAGACCAUGCAGCGCAUGAAAAUAGACUCCAAUGCGGCCAAAGAAUAUUAUCCGGAUGGCCCCCUCUCGACCGUUUGCAUGGGCGCUUCAACAAUAUAUAAUGUGCCUAUCGUAAAGAAUUGGCUGGUACGUAAGGUCUAUAGCUCUCCAAUUAAAAGUAGACCCAUCUGGCAAGAGUUGCGCUUGCACAUCUAUAAAAUGGGUAACUCCGAGGAGUGUCACGACGCAAAAAAGUUCAGCACAUGGAAAGACUAUCAAGAGUGCGCAGUUAGACGCAAUAUGCGCAUGGAGGCUAUUAUUCCCAUGUAUCCGAUGCAUCAAAUGGGCAGUGGAUUCUAA